CUCGCUCUCUCUUGCAGCUCGCUACAUGGAGGAGCUCCCACCGUCUCUGAUUGUCGAUAUCCUGAGUCGACUCACCGAUUCGGAUGAGCUCGCUCGGUGCCGACUCGUCUCCAAGACGUUCAACUCGCUCUCCUACGAGGUCCGAUCCGUCCGCCUCCUCUGCACCUUGUCGCGCUACCUCAAGUCUCGGGCCCCCGAGACCAAGUUCCUGGUCACGCCUUUCAAGAACAUCCUCAAAACCCUGGUCUGCGACUCCCAAUUCCUCGAGUCCGUCUUCAUCGGCGUGGACAAGUCUCUCGGAAACGUAGCGUACGACGACGUCGAGGACGAGUCCGACGACCUCUACCUGACCGAUGUGCGCUUCGUGAAGGAGUGGCUGCCGAGGAUCGCUGGACGGCUGAGAUCGCUGUCGGUGUCGGACUUUUGGUUUCAAUCUUGUUGGAGAAAGUCGGAGGUUCUGUCUCUGAUUUCAUCGUGCUGCCAUACUCUUCUCAAACUGGAGGUGAAGAAUGCUUGGCUAUCAGUGGAUGGCCUGAAUCCAAUGCCCACCCUCACAAGCUUGACACUUGAGUUCGUAAGACUGGAUGAUGAAGACCUAAACAAGGUGAACAAUUUCUUCCCUUGUCUGAAAGUUUUGAAUUUGAUAGGUGUGGGAGGACUUAAGGAACCAAAGAUUCAUCUUUUGCAUCUUAAGACCUGUCAUUGGACGGUGUCAAACGCUCCACUUUCUCUGGCUAUAUUUGGACCCGAUCUUGUCAAUCUGACCCUGACGUGUGUUAAACCGCAGUCUCUUGUCCUUGAAACCCCAUCAUUAUCGGAUUUCCACCUUACCCUUGAGGAGGCAAAUGAAUUUAAAGUAAAAGGGUUUCCUCAUUUGAAAAACCUUCAGCUUCAGUCUGUGGAUCUUUGUAGACUCAUUUGCAUGUUUCCAUCUGGUAGAACCAUCAAGAAACUCUCCGUGGAUUCACCGCACCAAAAAAUGACAAGGUUUAGCCUUGAGACAGUGUUUGAUGUUUUUCCAAAUCUGAGCUAUCUUAAUUUGGGCGUCAGAGCUUGGAUGCAAGCAGAGGAUUAUUUUUCAACGAGAGGUUUGGAAGGUAGGAUUGGGAUGAAAGCAUUGAAGGAAAUUGUUGCACAUAUGGUGACGGUAAAUGAAGAUGUUACACUUUCAUUCAUUUUCUCUAUUUUGGAUAAAUGUGCCAACUUGUCUGACAUGGCAUUGAUGAUCUACCCUCAAAUUGGUUUUCUCACUGCUAGUGACCUUGUCUCGAGGUGCAGAGCUGCUUAUCCUAGAGUUGCGUGGAAAUGGGAAAUGUUGAAGGAAGGAACAGCAGACGCUUAGGUUUUUGAUUGCAUCUAAUUUGGCAACCCUGGUUGUUCUAGGAAGAGAUGCAAAAAUUGAUUUGUUGCGGGUCUUCUUUAGAUUGGUUUAGGGGACAUGUGGUGAAAGGAUUUGAGUAUAAUUUGAAUGACCAAAUAAUUCAUUAGAUCCAACAAAAAUCAAAUGUAUGGGAGAGAAUAUAUUGGAUGAGUGUGAUCACGUUUGAUCUUCUACCAUAAAUAGAGUAAAAAAAUUAUAUUUUUGCAUAGAGGAUAACUUCAAUUAGGACCUGGUCUAAACCAAGUCAUUUACACCCUCCAACAAUAACUGGCCACAUCAGCUUGGGACACCAAAAUGAAUGAGCACGUCCAUACUAGAUCGAGUCUGCCCAAUUAAGAGAAACCUCAUCUCCUAAGCUAUCAACUAUACCAGAAGCCCCAUCUAAGAGAAAGUACGGCCACCUUCAACCACCACUGCCAAAUGCCACCGCCAAGGUUUAAACUUCCUUUGGGUUCAGAGCGAUGGCCCAUUUGAUAGAGAUUCACUCAGAGAUCAACAAAGGCUCAGCAAUACUUACAGCAGAGAUGGAAGCUUUGCAUAGAUCCGAUACUGGAGGCUAAUAAGGUAAGUCAUCUUUUAUAAUAAGUAGUAUUAUGAAAUACCUUAUCGUUUAUAUUUCGAUUCGUCUGUGUCUGUUAAACAGUCUCGUCUGUGUAGAUUAUGCAUAAUUCUUGUCGAGGAUGUCUUUUACCAAGAACUUGUGUCUAGUCACAUGCACUUCUCUGUCAUUCUGUUUUUUUUUAAGACCAUAUCUUAUGUUAAUGAUAGGCCACUUAUGUCUUGCUUAAGACUGGCCCCAACUUAGCCUCCUAUUUCAGUCCUGUUGCUUACCUUACCUUUGCAGAAGAAUUUAGAUUAAUUUACAAACCUAGGGUGUGUAAUGUUUGGACAAAUGACGUGAGAGCAAAGGAAGUAUUGUCCCCUGCUUGCAAAUUUGCAAUUUAUCUUUGAAGGUUCAGUUGAUGAAAACAGUUUUAUUCCUGGGUCUUCAUGGCCAUUAGAUUCUUGGAGAUUUUCUUCUUUGUCAUGCAAAAUUAUGCCAUUAUAAAUUGUAACAGGAAACUUUAUUUUGUAUAAGGUCCAAAAUGAAUUUCGUCUGUUAUAGAAUUUCAUUUUCAAGCUUGGAUGAUUUGGGAGAAUUUUGUGGUUUCAAAGCGUGUGUUGCACAAACUUGGGAGCAUCUUUCAAGAGAGCAGACUUAUGAAUAUUUAUACAUAUUGUUGUUCAGUCUGCCUCUCCUACUAUACUUUUGAGCACGAUUAAGCAAGUCCAAUUUGGUUGAUGUAAUUCUGCAGCAGUCUUGAGAGUUUUGUCAUACUUGUCAUUGUCUUACUCUGUUUUAAGCACACAGGUAGUUCCAAAUCCACUGAGGGAUGCUAUCUAGGAUUAUGUUGCGAAGCAACUCAAAAAUGACUGGUUCGGAAAGAGUGAGGAUUACUUAGUUUUGCAAGAGAAAGAGCUGCUUGAACAAUUUAUUGAUAGGGAAGAAAUGAUGGACCGAUGUAGAUCAGAUUUGUAAUUAGCUUCUUAAAUUCCAUCAGCCACAUUUUGUUUAUAGAUGCAUUGGUUAAUAUUUAGGUGAUAUAGAAAUCUAAGUUGUAAAUGCGGGGUGUAGCUUGGCAAAGUCUUUGUCCUAACUAGGAGUUUUAUUACUGUGAUUAUAGAUUAUCAAAUAUUACGCAAUGUAAUUUAACACUUACCUUUUGAUCUAUUGUUUCAGUAUUAAGGAAUGCUCAUAUAUUUUGUAUUC